AUUCAAACCAACACAAAGAAAUCAAACAGGCUUCAUCGCGCUUUGCUCAUUUUCGUAGUUUGAUGCUCGCAAAUACCGAGUUGUCCGAUUUCAGUUAAUAAUCUGUAGCUAAUUAUUAUCCUUUUGGAAAUCUUGUUGCGUAGCAGAAACCACGACGAUCUUACAGUCGCGCAUUUCUCUGGUUUUUGUGGAGUUUUCGCCGGCAUAAGAAAACAAACGAGAAAUUCCAUUGAGCAUGGCAGAUGGAGAGGGCUUUGUGGUGCGAGUAAGGGGUUUGCCUUGGUCCUGCUCCACAGAUGAGGUGCAGAGGUUCUUCUCAGAAUGCAAAAUCGCAAGCAACGGCACAAGCAUACAUUUCACAUACACAAGGGAAGGACGGCCCAGCGGAGAGGCGUUUGUUGAGUUUGAAAGUGAGGACGAUCUGAAAAUUGCUCUCAAGAAGGAUCGGGAGACCAUGGGACACCGCUACGUGGAAGUUUUCAAAUCCAACAAUGUGGAGAUGGACUGGGUUUUGAAGCACACUGGCCCUAACUGCCCAGACACCGCAGGGGAUGGCCUCGUUAGGCUUCGCGGUCUGCCCUUUGGCUGCAGCAAAGAGGAGAUUGUCCAGUUUUUUGCAGGGUUGGAAAUCGUGCCAAAUGGGAUAACAUUGCCGGUGGACUUCCAGGGGAGGAGUACGGGGGAGGCCUUCGUGCAGUUUGCUUCACAGGAUAUAGCUGAAAAGGCUCUAAAGAAACACAAGGAAAGAAUAGGGCACAGGUAUAUAGAGAUUUUCAAGAGCAGCCGCGCCGAGGUGCGCACCCACUACGAACCCCAGCGUAAGGUGAUGGGCAUGCAGAGACCGGGCCCCUAUGACCGGCCGGGCGGUGGCCGUGGGUAUAACAGCAUGGGCCGUGGGGUCUCGUUUGAACGUGUGCGACGCGGUGGAUAUGGAGGGGAUGGUCGAUACGGGGAUGGAGGUUCCUCUUUUCAGAGCACAACAGGGCAUUGCGUGCACAUGAGAGGUCUUCCCUACAGAGCCACAGAGACGGACAUAUACAAUUUCUUCUCCCCACUGAACCCGGUGCGAGUGCACAUGGAGAUUGGCCCUGACGGGAGAGUGACGGGCGAGGCUGAUGUGGAGUUUGCUACGCAUGAAGAUGCUGUGGCUGCCAUGUCAAAAGACAAAGCUAACAUGCAGCACCGUUAUGUUGAACUGUUCCUGAACUCAACAGCAGGGGGUGGAAGCGGUGGAUACGGAGGUCAGAUGAUGGGGGCAAUGGGGAACCAGUCAUCCUAUGGGCACAGCAGUCAGCAAAUGAGCUCAGGAUACAGCGGCGGCUACAGCAACCAGAGCAGCAUGGGGGGGUACAGUGAUUACAUCAGGUAAUCAGGGCGGAAUGGGCAGCAGUUACUAUGGAGGAGGCAGCCGAGGCUCGAUGGGAAUGAACGGACUGAACAGCAGCAUGGGUGGCGGCUGGGGCAUGUAGCUUUUGCCACAUAGCAGAUUUAAGCCUGUGUGGUGAAUGACGAGUGACCAGCAUUAAGCAUUCUCCUGUUUUUGUCGUUUCCAGUUUUCCUUUGCUUUGGGGCUGGUUUAGUGAAUUUUUUUUUUAUUUUUAUUAAUGUUCUCCUAUUUUUACUUCAUUUGAAUAUUACAAAGAGAACCAUGACAAAUUGGACUCACCUGAACAUUUUCUCCCUGUUUUGGUCUUAAUAUUGAAAUUUCUGCACAUUGCGUACGUUAAGAAAGUGGAGAGGUGCCUGUAACCCAGUUUAGAUGUUUUUAUAUGCACAAAUGUGACCGUUCCUCGUCUUUUGGAAAAAAAAAUGUUUUGUUUUACAGUGAAAAGCUGAAGCUCUGUACUGUUGUGAAGCAUGUUUGCAGGAGCACAGAGGGAGGUGCAGCUGUGGCUUUAGAUGCAUGUGGUAAUUGUGUUCGGUAGCUUGCUCUUCUCCCUCUGUUAUCGAGUUUUUGGGUGUGGGGUUUUUUUUUUUGUUUUUUUUGGUAGUGUGGUGCACAGAACGGAUUAUUGUUCGAGUUUUCCUUCUUCACACAUGGACUGAUUUUGCUGGCGCAGUGUUUAUUAAAAUCUACAGUUCUAAAAAAAAUCCAGAUGUUUUAAACAUGAUUGCAACUUUCUAAACAGUGUAGAAAACUGUUGCAUGGGCUACAACAGGAAAAGAUCAUACAUUCUAAAAUAGGCUUUUGUACUUACAGGUUUUGUUUAAAAAAAUGUUUUUAAUGUUUUUGUUGAUAGCAGUAAACAUGUGCAAGUGUGAACAUGUUAGAACAGCCUGGAACCAGUUGCAGUCAUCUCCAUAUCAGCCUUUCCUGCUGUUUUGUGUACCAAGGACAAAUUAAAGAAUGAAAGCCUUUGUUUAAA